AUGGAAUUAAUUCAAUCUUUAUGCAUGUUAGCUAUCUUUUCUGAUGCUUUGGUUUGUAGACAACUUGCAAUGAAAAACAAUACAACAACAACAACAGUACCACCAGCAAAUAAUAUAAAUCCAUUAGCACCUAGUCGGCUUCAAUCAAUCAAAAACUCGUACAGUGAAAUAAAUCUUCUAUCAAAAACAAAUGCAUCAGAUUUUAUUUUUGAUUUUGAUAAAGCAGUAACAGGUGUUUCAAUAGGAACUGGCGGUCGACAAGUUUCAGCAACUGCAGCAAAUUUUCCUGGUUUAAUUAAUCAUGGUAUAGCAAUGACAAUUGGUUAUUUGGGUCCAUGUGGUAUUAAUCUUCCACAUGCACAUCCAAGAGCAACAGAAAUCAAUUUUUCAGUUGAUGGUGAUUUUCAAAUUGGAUUUUUUCAAGAGAAUGGUGCUAGUUUUAUUAUGAAUGAAUUACAUAAAAAUCAAGUAGCUGUUUUUCCUAAAGGUGCUAUUCAUUUUGAACAAAAUCUAAAUUGUACUCCAGCAACAUUUGUUGCUGCAUUUAAUAGUGAAGAUCCAGGUGUAUUGACUAUUUCAAAUAGCUUUUUUGGUUCAUUACCAGCUACAAUUGUUGGUGCAACACUUGGUGGACUAAAUAUUAGCACAAUAGAAGAUAUUCGUAUACAUCUUGCACAAAAUCCAUCAAUUGGAAUUGCUGAAUGUAGAAAACGUUGUGGUUUAUAA